GGAGUGGAGGAUUUUGUCGUCUUCCUCCGAGGUCUGCAGAAUUCCUCUCUGCUGGAAAGAGGGAUGGAAGUGACGUGCGCCAGCCCGGAGGCGCUGAAAGGCCAGCCUGUGUUGAACAUUUCGGAGUGUGUGACCCCUACACCUCAGUCUGAGAUCCAUACACCUCAGUCUGACUCAGGACCAACAGUGGAUGGCCACCCACACCACCUAGCCAUCACUGUCCCGAGCCUUGCAGCAGUAAUAGGCAGGUUCUGGAUUCAAGUUGUAGAUGUCGUCGGGAAAAAGGAUGCGUCUCAAUCCGUUCUUCUAGACACUAGAAAUGCAGUACGUAUGUCAGCGUCCUCACUAACUCCAUGGUACUUCUCUUUCAGUGGUGCUGUGUGUCCUGCUCUUUGUGGUAGGCACCCUGGCCAUAGUCUGGAGGAGGAAACGAGAUAGGAAGCAGGUGAAACCCAAUCUGGUGACUGCAAAAGACACCGACAUUUCAAGGACCACGCUCUGCAGAGAUGAAGAUUCGGUCAUGGCUAAACAGGACCCGGAGCUUGCUACGACGACUUACAGAUCUGGAGUCAGAGCCAAGUCUGCCAAUGCUGUCCUCUCCACUGCUGAGUUCUGUAGAGCAGAGGGAGAAGCACAGAGGGAUAUACUCAAGGUGGAGAGCGAUUUUGAAGCACUUGACAUGGAAACAAGGAGAGCUAGCCCGUUUGAAAAAGUGACAACCUCAGCGGAACAAAGCAACAAAGCACUAAGUGGUAACGAGCCCAAGCAGCUGGAAAAUGGAAACCUUACACGAAAAGAGGAUCUUUCUGAUGAAGUGACUUCGGUAAACGACAGAGGUGAGAUCGAUGCUGAUGGGACUUCAAGUUUGCAUGACGGCAGACGAAGAGCAAUCCCAGAAGCCCAGGAUUCGGAGACCAUACAGUAUCUCACGAUUGGCGCUGACCCGGCCAAACCGAACCCGGAACACCAUGAACUUCAUUGUUCAUCGAAGGUCAUGGUCAGGGUCUUCACAUGGCCACUGACAUCAGCUCAGUGGCAUGCUCAAAACAUUGCAGAGACACCCAGGAUCAGUCUCUUCGCCAACCCGAUUCCUAACCUUGAGCCAGAACCUGACGUAAAGGUCAAAGGUAAAAAAGACCUUGAUUCAAAUGGCCAGGACCCUGAACCAGGCCAAGAGGUCAAAAAUUUGAAAGUUAGCCUUUCAGCUCACAUUGAGCGAGACCCUGAAGUUUAUACUAACCCUGAGAAUCUCUUUGGUGAUCUCCAGCCUUGCCAGGUUAAAGGUCAAACGGUGAACCGAUCUGACGACUAUGGCCCUUGCCAAGGGUUUGAAGAUGAAACUGUGAACCAAGAGUUUGUAAGAGAAACAGAUUAUCUCUCAGCUGAUGUUUCUCUGGUGUCCGACAUUCCUGUCAGCGAUCUACAACCUUCAACUGUUGUUCUGGAAUCUACAACAUUUGGGUCCUCACCUCAUGGAGACAGGGCUGAUACUGCUGAAGAGACAGGAUACACCCUGUCAGGGCUUGACGAAGCUUCUCCGGACCCUUACCCCCUUCCCACGGAUGGAGCUAAACCAGUACCUGUCACUGAAACUCUGUCAGAGCUGAGCAUGUCCUUUUGCAGCGAGUUCACAACACUGACCCCUCCAAAUCAAGCCGAAGACCUGGAUAAUGAACCGGAAGAAACCCAGCAAAUGACUAACACUGCUACACCGAGCAAUUCGAAGUCCAACAGAAAAGCACCAAUGAGAGCACAGAGAGAGGGCAGAAGUAGAGCGAGUGGAGAGUGUAGUGGAGCUCCCCCUGGUGCUGGCUUCCCAAGUGAUGACAGCAUGCUGAUGGGUAAUGAGUAUGCCAAUAUAGACCACCUCCAUGAGGUGGUUCGGAAACAAGGCCAAUGGACAAGACAGAGGUGGAGACAGACACACCUCAACAAAGUAGCAAUCAAGAGAAGCAAGAAAAAGGAACAAUGAAAUACAGAGUAUGGCAUUUCUGCCUUUUACAAUUUACUUUUCUUUUAUAUAUAUAUAUAUUUUUACAUGAUCUGGUGUGGUCCUAAUUGUAGCAUAAUUUGCAUCAUUGUGUAUUAUUUUAAACAGAAAUGUAUCUUCCUGUAGUGACAGAGGGUGAAGAACCCAACCAUCAGCAUUGUUAACGAGCUGGAUUCUUGGGCCCUUAAAAUCAGGGAUCAAGUGUGUAAUCUUGAUGUUCUGAUGGACUCAGACCUCCCAUUUAACAAUCAUAUCAAAGCGGUCACCAAAACGGCAUUCUAUCAUCUAAAAAAUA